GGGCCCCGUGGGCCCGGGGACGACGCCCCCUCCUGCGGCGUGGACUUUGUCGGUGGCCCUCGAGGAGGAGGAGGAGGAAUAUGGCACCUAAGGUGUCCCCUUCUUGCCGUCUGGUUUUCUGCCUCUUGAUCUCAGCCGCGGUCCUCAGACCAGGCCUUGGAUGGUACACGGUCAACUCAGCUUACGGAGAUACCAUUGUCAUGCCUUGCCGACUCGAUGUACCUCAGAACCUCAUGUUUGGCAAAUGGAAAUAUGAAAAGCCCGAUGGUUCCCCAGUAUUUAUUGCAUUCAGAUCUUCUACAAAGAAAAGUGUUCAGUAUGAUGAUGUACCCGAAUACAAGGACAGAUUGAGCCUCUCAGAAAACUAUACUCUGUCCAUCAACAAUGCAAAGAUCAGUGAUGAAAGGAGAUUUGUGUGCAUGCUAGUGACUGAGGACAACGUGUUUGAGGCACCUACACUAGUCAAGGUGUUCAAGCAGCCAUCUAAACCUGAAAUUAUAAACAAAGCACCAUAUCUCGAAACAGAGCAGCUACAAAAGUUAGGUGACUGCAUUUCAAGAGACAGUUACCCAGAUGGCAACAUUACAUGGUACAGGAAUGGGAAAGUCCUGCAGCCCCUUAUAGGAGAGGUGGAAAUACUUUUCAAAAAGGAAAUUGAUCCAGUUACUCAGUUGUAUACCAUGACUUCAUCCUUGGAGUAUAAGACAACAAAGGCUGACAUACAAAUGCCAUUCACCUGUUCUGUGACAUACUAUGGACCAUCAGGCCAGAAGACAAUUCAUUCAGAACAAACAGUCUUUGAUAUUUACUAUCCUACAGAGCAGGUGACAAUACAAGUGCUGCCACCAAAAAAUGCCAUCAAAGAAGGAGACAACAUCACUCUUCGGUGCUUGGGGAAUGGCAAUCCACCCCCUGAGGAGUUCAUGUUUUACUUACCGGGACAGCCUGAGGGAAUAAGAAGCUCAAACACCUACACACUGACAGAUGUGAGGCGCAAUGCCACGGGAGACUACAAAUGCUCACUGGUCGACAAAAAAAGUAUGAUUGCUUCAACAGCCAUCACAGUUCACUAUUUGGAUUUAUCCUUAAAUCCGAGUGGGGAAGUGACCAAGCAGAUUGGUGAUGCCCUGCCUGUGUCAUGCACAAUAUCUGCAAGUAGGAAUGCAACUGUGGUGUGGAUGAAAGACAACGUCAAGCUCCGAUCAAGCCCAUCCUUUAACAGCCUUCAUUAUCAGGAUGCUGGGAACUAUGUCUGUGAGACUGCUCUUCAGGAGGUCGAGGGACUGAAGAAAAGGGAGUCGCUGACACUCAUAGUUGAAGGAAAACCUCAAAUCAAAAUGACAAAGAAAACUGACCCGAGUGGCCUGUCUAAAACCAUAAUCUGCCAUGUGGAAGGCUUUCCGAAACCAGCUAUACAGUGGACCAUUACUGGCAGUGGAAGCGUCAUUAACCAAACAGAGGAGUCUCCUUAUAUCAAUGGCAGGUAUUAUAGUAAAAUUAUCAUUUCCCCAGAGGAGAAUGUUACAUUAACUUGCACAGCAGAAAACCAACUGGAGAGAACAGUAAACUCCCUGAAUGUCUCUGCGAUAAGUAUUCCAGAACACGAUGAGGCAGACGAUAUAAGUGAUGAAAACAGAGAAAAGGUGAAUGACCAGGCAAAACUAAUUGUGGGAAUUGUAGUUGGUCUCCUCCUGGCUGCCCUUGUGGCUGGUGUCGUCUACUGGCUGUACAUGAAGAAAUCCAAAACUGCAUCAAAACAUGUAAACAAGGACCUUGGUAACAUGGAGGAGAAUAAAAAGCUGGAAGAAAACAAUCACAAAACAGAAGCCUAAGAGAGGAGUGGUCCCAGGUCUUCAGAGAAAAACCAUAUAGACAAAUUGAAGCAUGAACGUGGAUUGUAUUUAAGACAUAUACAAAGAAAAUGACAGCAAUUCAUGGUUCAAGUAUUAAGCAGUUCAUCCUACCAAGCUGUCACAGGAUCUUAGAGAAUUAUCUCAAGUAAAACAAUGAAACAGUUAUAAAAUAAAAUAACAGCAAGAUUUGGCAGCCAUGAUAAUAGGUCAUAUGUUGUAUUUGGUUUUCUUUCUUGUUUUUUUUUUUUUUUUUUUUCCUUUUCUGUAAAUGUCUGCACUAAGGAUUUCCUUUAAGUUUGCCUUUUAUGUAAAUUUUUUACGUAGCUAUUUUUAUACACUGUAAGCUUUGUUCUGGGAGUGGCUGUUAAUUGGAUGUAUAAUGUAAUGUUUUAUUUCAGUUGUUUAUAUGGAUAGUCUAAGCAGGUACCGUUCUGAUUCUGAUUGCUAUCAAGAAUGCCCCAAACUUUCUUACCUGGACCUGAAACCCAUAGGUGGCAGUUUGUGAGCCUGGAAACACAUACCUUGCCUAGUCAGAAGCCAGUUUCUUAAUUAUGAGGAAAGGGGCCAGCCCAAGUGUCCGGGGCUCUAUAGGGUGUGAACAGAACACACAAACUGACAGUUUUGUCUUCUUUGCGAAAGACAUACACAGAAUUUGGGUCCCAUAUACUUAUUGACACCUGCUAGGAAAUUACAUUCAGUCAAAAGAAACAUUAGAAAAAAAAAAAGAUCAGAAAAAAUAAAAACCCUAAUGUGUCAGAAAGAGUUGGAAAACUCACAACUAGCAUUCCCAAUUUCACAGAUCUCAAUGUAAAUCACUGUAAUUCGAAUUGGUGUUAAACCCCUUGGGUUAUCCACUGCCUUAAAAUGACACUUAUUUCCUUUAAAAAUAAAAUAGAAGAUAUCAGUCAGAAUUGAAGAUUUUUAACAGUGGUCAUUAUUAAAGCUGUGUUAUUUUCCACAGAAUAUAGAAUAUAUAUUUUUUUCGUGUGUGUUUUUGUUAACUACGCUACAGAUAUUGAAUGCACCUUGAGAUAAUUUAGUGUUUUUAACUGGUACAUAAUUUAUCGAGCAGUACAUGAAAGUGUAAUAAUAAAAUGUCUAUGUAUCUUUCGUUACAUUCAGAUUUGUAACUUUAUAAACAUGUUUUCUGCCUGAGGAACUUUUUAAGAAGGUAGUGUACACGGGAACUUCUUGAAGUAGACUGGAUAAGGGCCAGUAGCGGUUUGUGAUUAGACUUCGAUCUUUGCUCUUUCAGGUAGAAGCUUGGUUUCUGGGAUCACACUGCACUGAGCAGCUAUUUUGCCCCAGAUUUAUGUGUAUAACUUUAACUGAGAAAAGAAAAGUGACCAUUAGAUUUCCAGGUAUAGAACUCUGUUCUUUGAGAGGAAAAGGAAAUGUGGUGUUUGCUUUUAGACUCAAAGAAUAAACUGUUUUAAAGGCAAUGAGAAACUAAUCAAAGAUUAAUCUCUGAUGGUGGUUGGAAAUAAUCUUUUGCCACUUCUGCAUACUGAGAGAUGUGUCUUUGUACAUUUGUAACCAUUUGAUGUCUGAGCAAUAGUGUCUCAGACUAAUAAAAGCUUCCUAUAGUACAAUGGUAUGGAUUAAAUACAUAAAAUAUUCUAUUAGAAUCAAUAUUGUAUAAAAUAUGGGAAAAAAUGAAAACAUGUUAUCUUGCCUCCAAACUUUGAUUUAUUGAAGUUUAAUUUGGCAAGAAAAAAGAAUUGAAUCUUGAUCAAUAUUUAAACCAAAGGGAAAAGGGAAAAACAAAACAAAACCAAAGUUCUUUGUUUUGCAUGGCUAAGCCAUUCUGUUUAUCUCUGUAAAUAUGAUUUUCUUUUUGUUUUUUUUUGUUUGUUUGUUUGUUUUCCUUUUCCUUUCUCUUUAGAAUUUUGUUAAAGAAAUUCUAAAAGUUUUAAAAACACUUGCUUUUCACAAUAAGCCAUGAACACUACAGUGACAAUAGUUCCGUAUUAUUAUUUUUUCUUUGUUUUGUUUGCUUUUUUUUUUUUUUUUUUUUCCUUUUGGUAUGGGAGAUCAAAGAUUUAAAGUCUUACUCUAAGAUGUGUUUGCAGAAAAGUUACAGGGCAACAAAAAGUGAGUGUUUACUCUUGUCCAGCGUGGUGUACACUUGGCAAUUGUAACUGAGUCCACAAACAGCUGUUAUAGCCUAGGCAGCAGCAAGAGAGGCUCAGAGCUCUCACCCAGGAGCAGAUGUUUACAAGAGAGGACACGAUGGCCACCGCUGCAUCAGUGUCUGCAGAAGGAGGAAGCUCACUGUCUCAAGAGCAACUCUGUGUGCUGUGAGGCUGGAAGGAAGCUAAUUCAGUCUUCAACUCCUGGAGUUUCUUCUCUCCAGUUGAACUCGUUGGCAACAGGUUACAGGUUUAUAACCAGUUCAAGGUUCACUCCCUAUAUGUAAUUAUAGGAAUUGUAUGUGGAAAUGGAUUAACAUAUCCCUCUAUGCCUAAAAGAAAAUAAAAAUGAAAUAUGUCUUCACAUAUUCCUCAUAGCUGUCUGCCUCUUGUCUGCAAUAGGAUGUUCAUGUACAAAAAGUGAUUUUCUUUAAUAAAAAGUGAAAAAGUUAAA